AUGCGUAAAUUGUCGCUCCUUUCCGGAUAUAAUAAGGAAUUGCCCACACUCACGGAAGGAGUCAUCGGCAACUCAGCAGCUGACGACGUCGACGAUUCACCAGCGGCCAACAACAACAACAACAACAAUUCAAAACAGAAACGGCAUCAAGGUUCGCUUCAGGUUCGCUUAUGCGGAGAAAUGUACGAGCAAUGGCCGACACUGGAGUUUUCCGAUUUGAGCUCGAGUAUUCUUGACCUUUUCACAAAAUCAACAUCACAAUCAGUGUCAUCUUCGCUUAUAUACGAACUCACACGGUCAGAUUCGGAUGAAAAUGGCGCAUCGAUUCGUUUAAACAGCGAAGAGCACCUGAAAUGGUGCAUGCAGGUGCUAAAUCACUCGCUGACGCUCUCAUUCGCCACCAGUCGUGAAUAUGAAACGUUGAAAGGCGCCGUUCGAAUAUAUCUUCAUUGGCUUCGUGCAUUAUGCGACACACCGGAUAAUAAUAUUCCGACACCUCUUUUAGAGACUCCUGAGAAAUAUUUUCGAAACAUCAUUGACGCACUUCGUUGGGUGUUUUGCCGAAGAGACGAUGAUUUGGACUCGACGAUCACCACUCCUCAUCAUGUACCAAAGGGAUUGGCAAUUGAGCGGCAAUCAAUCGAAAUUGAAAUGGUCCUCGAUCAGAUUAAGCUCCUUACGAGGAAUUCGAGCAGAAAAUAUUUGGAUGAGGUCUGGGCUCGAUCAUUGAGUUUUCUUCUGAACUCGGCUGACCUUUUGCUGUCCGAACCGAAUACGGCAGAUGAAAUGGGAAGUCGAAUAUGCGUUCGAGUCGCUGACACCGUAUUCGAGAUGUGGCUGAACGCGGUGCUCAAUGAGCACAUCCCUUCAUUAACGUAUUGGAGUUCGCUGGCGAGUUUGGCGCGGCGAUGGCGGCAUAAUGUGCCGAUUAUCGAAUGUUGGGCUCAGAAAAUACUCGGUUUGACCGUAUUGGUGUGCAAAAAAAUGUAUGGAGACGAUUAUUUGAAGAUUCAAAUACAUGAUGAGAAUAUCGCCCCGUUUGGGAAUGUGCCGAUUCUUCAAGAUGACGAUGAGGAGGAGAUUCAUCUACUCUACCGGACUUGGUAUAAUAUGCUGUGUCUGUUUGAUUGUCCCGCCAAGAUUCUAACGCAUGAUCCGAUGAGGAAUGAGUCGCUCAAUGGGAAAUGGCCAAGACGAACGGUUUCUAGCAUUUCGACCACAAAUCAUGAUUUGGCGUCGGCUAGCGCUAGUCAGGGUGUCGCUUUUUUCCUUGCUGCCACCACCAUUCAGCGGCUCGUUGAUUUGUUUUAUGGAGAUUCGCGAGUUCUUAUCGAUUUGCGUUCGACGGGAACCGACACCAUCAAAGCGAGUCAGACGGGAACGCGACAAGCGUCGACGAUCACUGAUGGCCACAGUCACUACACACAUAGAACUGCGUCGACGACUGGCGAAUCUGGUCGCUAUGUUUCGUUGAAUGGAGCUGUCGGUCAAAUGAUUAUUGAUGAAGCCCAACCAUCGAUGGCGUCGGGCUCGAAUUCGAGUGGAAAAACGUACGCCGAAUCGAGACGAGACCAAAGGAGUACGGUGACUGGUAAGAGUUGGGUUUUGGAGAAUUUGUGUAAAAGUCGAUUUUUAGAUCGUAACAAAGAUGCUUCGAAUCGGACGACAUCGGUGACAGAGUCGACAAUUUCGGCGCAAAGCCGAGCGUCUGAGCAAACCUCAUCGACAUUGACGUAUCGGUCUGCGCCAGUGCCAGAAGGAACCGCGCAUGGCGAAAGCAUCAGCCAUAUUGUCGCAAACUCUACUGCAUCUGCGCCGGUGUUCUCCGAGACGAAUCAGCAGCAACCGACGACGCAGGCAUCGACGAGAGUGAAGGCUCAGGCUCCGCCGCCGCCAUCCACUUCUGAAAUUGCGGGACCUUAUAAAUAUGCGAACCAAUUUGUCACCAACUUUUUGGCUUGGAAUCCUGGCAAUAUGCCAAUGAGCAAUUCGUCGCGAAAACCGAAAACGGAUCGAAUGCUGAAAUUGGUUGGAGAUUGGCUGUUCUCGAUGGCGAAUUGCACGCCGCCAAGAAUUCAUGGAUAUCCGACGACGAGUCAGACGAGGAAACACAAUGACGGAGUUUCGGACGGUGCGUUGAAUUUUUUGAAAUUGUUGGGUUGA